AUGUACGCCUGUCAUUCUCAUGGUUGGAGUGAGGCCCGCCAGCCAGCUUUGACAACCAGCCAGUCAAUUAUCGAGCUGAGAAAGGAGGCAUCUGGGGCAGAACAACAGCUCUUCGGAGACCAGCAGCAGGUACACCGGACGCAUGCAUCGACUUUGGCGAGAAGACCAAUCACUCGCUGCCGUCUCCACGAGCGCUGCCUCAAAGUCCUGGCUUGUACCAGUGUAGGAGAGUUGCAAGGCAGGCGGAUGAUCGGUCUCUUGAUGCCAGCCCGCGGGCACGUAGAUCAUUUUCGGAUUCUAGAAAGUUUAUGGUGCUCCCUAACACUCAACGCUGUCGACACGGAUUUAGAGCAGGGAAAUCAUGUAGUCAAGGUGGAGAUUCAAUCCCGCCUAUGCCGAAAUGUGGCCGCUUGCUCAAGAGUGGUGUUUCGGGUUUCUUUGCCUCUCUACAUCUGUGCAUCACGGGGAAGACCGAUCGUUCCAGGUCAGUAG